ACUACUGCAGGGAGAUCAGUCUGGCUAAGUGAAAGCAGGAAUGUGUUACAGUACUUGGUGAUCAGAAUGAAUGGGCCUGCAGAAGCAGUUGGAGUCACUUGUUCAGUGAGUGAAAACUUUGAGCCACAUGCCAAGAAACAGAGACUGGAUAAUGAUUGUGAACAGAAAAUAGACUUUCAAACUUCAUUGCCUUCUAAAAGCCUUCAAGACCAAAUUGAAAUCUCAGACCUUGGUGGUAAUGGAAAAGAGCAAAUCACAGCUGUCACCCAUGACCAGGUUGAACCUAGCAAUGAAGGCACACCAAUUGCAGGCAGCAAAAAGAAUAAUCCAAUUAAAAAUGUGGAGGACCCAAAUUCAGAGGGAAACAAAAGUGUUGUCAAUGGCCAGCAGCAUCUAAAUAACAAUAUAGGAGACAGCAAGACCCAAGCUUCCAGUGAUUCAAAAGAUUUGCCCAUUGUGAAAAAAGAAAAACCAAGUUUUGAGGAGGAUGAUCCAUUUGCAGCCCUGGACUGGAAAGAUGGAAUUGCUACCCUUCCAGGGAGCAAUCUGAAGUUUAAACUGACUGAGUUUGGGACUCUAGAGAUAAUAAGUACAGUGGAAACAGAGAAAGGUGAAAUACAGUGGAGUACACCUACGGAACAUCGAAAAACAGGAAGUGAGGAAACAAAUGAAAAAUCAAGCGAGGGAACGAGACUAGAUGACAAGAAAGACAGUGGUAUUCCGAAGAAAGCUAAUACGACAAAAAACAGUUCUCCUAAUGCUACCGACAUCCUGUGCUGUGAAGUGUGCGGGAAGAAUGGGUUGCGGCAGGAAUUCUCAGCAUCAGGAAGGUUUUGUGGUUUGUCUUGUGUGGGAGUAUACACCGGCAGAAGAAACAAGGGCAGGGAAUUUGUGCGCAAGGUCAAAACUGCAGACGGAAAGAUCGUGAAGAAGAAAAAGAAGGGAAAAGGAAAGAAAAUCGGGACAGUGGAGAAACCACCGGUGGCAGCUGGUGCACAUGACUCUGUAACGUCAGUUCAGGAUGCUUCGCUUGUGGGCAAGUUUAAACUAAAAGGCAAAGGAGAAAAACACAAAAUCAAGGCGGCCAAGCAACAGAUCUCGUUGGAACCCUCCAAUCUGAUGAAAGGAGAAGACGUUCCGUAUGACUCUACCAAGCCGUUCGUAUGGUCAGAAUACUUAGUAGCGUGUGGUGCCAAAGCAGUCCCUAAUAUUGUAUUUAAACAGGAAAAUCCCUCUCUGGAUGUGUUUCCAAAACCAAAUCACUCUUUCAAGAAGGAUUACAAGUUGGAAUGUAUUGACCCUAAACACCCGUCCUACAUCUGUGUGUGUACCAUAGUCAAAGUAAAAGGAGCACGCCUCAGGCUUCAUUUUGAUGGUUGGUCUGAGAGUUACGACUUCUGGACUAACGUGGAUUCGCCGUUUAUCUAUCCCAUGCACUGGUGUGAAAGGAACGGCCAGGUUCUGCACCCACCAAGAAGUUUCACGAAACAGGAGUUCAACUGGGAAAAGUACUUGAAGAAAUGUGGAGCUAAGGCGGCUCCAGAAAAUCUGUUCAGAGAGGUCCAACCGACAUUACACGGAUUUAAAGUCGGCAUGAAACUAGAAGCUGUCGAUCGCAAGAACCCGGAUCUGAUCUGUGUUGCUACGGUGACCAACGUGAUUGGCAACUAUUUCUUAGUUCAUUUUGACGAGUGGGACGACUCUUAUGACUACUGGUGUCAGGACGAUUGUCCGUACAUUCACCCUGUCGGGUGGUGUGCAGAGAACGGCAAGAAACUUAACCCUCCUAAUGAUGACGAAGUGUACACAUUCCAGUGGGAGGAGUACCUGAGGACGACUGGUGCUGUUGCGGCGCCUCCAGAUCUCUUCAAAAAGCGCCCCAAGCCAAGUUUUAAGCCUGGGGAGAGAAUGGAAGCAGUUGAUAAACGGAAUCCAUCUCUAGUCCGAGCAGCUAGAGUAGCUGCAGUGGAAGAAUACAGAGUCAAGGUGCAUCUAGAUGGCUGGGAUGAUAUCUAUGAUGACUGGUUUGAUGCUGAUUCUACUGACCUACACCCAGUGGGGUGGUGCGAAAAAACGGGACAUCCUCUGGAAACGCCCUUAACAACCCGCGAAAAGAUCUCAAGUGCUGCUUGUCCGACUCCCGGAUGUAAAGGCAUUGGUCAUGUAAAGGGCGCUAAGUAUUCCACUCAUCACAGCACGUUUGGCUGCCCGUACUCACUGCAGAACCUGAACAAAGACUCAUGCCUAGUGGAUCGGCUCUCCAACAACUCCAUGACUGAAGAAUCCGACUGGUCCUAUGCUUCUAAACAGAAAACGACUGGAUUUAAAGAAGUAAAACCUGAGAUUCCUUCAAGUCCAACCGUGGAAGGGGUGUGUCCCACACCAGGAUGUAAUGGCCUGGGUCACGUCACUGGACACUGGAAGACUCAUUACACUCUGUCAGGCUGCCCAAACAAUGAAGCAAACCAAGGCAAGAUCUUUUCGAAGCAUACCAGCAAGUCUCCCGUUUUCAAGAAAAUUCCACACCUCGCCCCCAACAGUCCUCCCUCUGUCCACUCAGGUGCCAAAGCACCGGUUGGUGGAAGUAUUAUAUCUACCCGAAGUUCUGCUAGGAAAGUUUUUGGUAAAGAAGAGAAACACCAUGGAAUGCGCCAGAAGUACGCAGACAAGGCUGUUCAGCAUGUCACACCGUUCUCGUUUCCCUGGCCUUUGGGAAGCCAGUUCUCCAUGAUGGGUCUCAGCGAGCUGAAGGCCGCCAUCAGUUUAGAAAAUGACUCGGUGGCCUCCAACGAAAGGCAACGAAUGAUUAAGUGGACUGUGGAUGACGUUAUGAGUCACGUGCGCGCGCUCGGCUGCACGGAACAGGCUAAGAUAUUUGGAGACCAGCUGAUCGACGGAGAAGCUUUCCUCUUGCUGACGCAGAACGAUAUCGUCAAUAUUCUUAAGAUCAAGCUUGGACCGGCGCUCAAAAUAUUCAACACCAUACCAAAGCAUUAAUUAAGUUUAUUGUUCCUAUCCGAAAAAGAAUCAAACAAUUUGUUCAUCCUUGCGAAACGCCCUUACUUCCAUCUUAUUUCCAAAGAACGUUACAACUUACGGAAAAGAUUAAAAAGGUAUGCCCGCCAACGUCCAUGGAGGAGAGACGGGUCGAUGAAAAAUGAUAAAUAACUUCAAGGUGAACCACAACUGGAUGACAACGGAAAGCGAAAGAGUCUCAUCCACUGAGGACCUGCGAGGCAUUGCGAAGACACUUCCCACAGAGUUUAUGUUGCUGGAGAGAGUCCUUUUGUCGACUUUGCGGUAUUUAAAUGGAUUUGGAAGCUGCCUCAAAAUUUUUAUAAAGUUUGUUGUUUUAUCUUUAAGCAAAGAACUCGACCCAACAUAUUUACUCAGUUCCAGAGUAUUACGUAGAACGCAGUGCAAAUUUCAGUUUUGGUCGGGUGAUGUCACUCAAUAUUAAAAAAACAAUCAAAAUGGCCAACUGCAAUACACGAAAAGAACAAGUCUACGAAUAUAGGCUUAGCACAAGUACAGUUGAACAGCGCCAGGGGAACCCUACUGUCUUGUCUGCGAAUUGGAGUGGUUGUGUGUUUCGUAAUAAUUAUCACUUUCAACCAAUUAGAGAGCCAAGUAAUGCUAAGCGAGACACUGAUUAAAUCUCGUCGCACGACAAGAUAUUUUAGUUGCUUGGGUAAACCUCAUAUUCUGACGCUAUUUUUGGCAUGAACACCUCAGAGAACUGAGUGCCGAAUGUACAUGUACAUUUCCAACCAAAGAGCAGCAAGGAAAGCGUCAGAGCUACUAACGGUACAUUCAGUUUUCAUUUUAACACACUACAAAGUAACUACUUGAUAAAAACUAAUUUUAACUAGAACUGUGUUCUACUAAAAUAAUCUGGCGGCAUUUUUAAAAACAUAGCUUCCACUUCAUGCAGGUUCGUGGUUUCAUUUCAUCGCUUUGAAACAGUUUUAGAUUAUUCGCAUUCCCAUAACCAGAUUUGUCAGUUUUGUGCACCGAUUACUAACGCACUAAAAAAAAAUCAAGUAAAUUUGACUGCACUGCAGCUUGUACUCUUCAUCUGAUGGGUUGGGUAUCUUCUAUAAUUCAUGGCAAGGUUUCUAUUACAUUAUAGUCAAACACAAAGAAAGUAAUUUAAUUGUAAAACGCUAAAAAUGUGUAUGUACAUUUAUUUUUCAUAUAAACCAAUUUUCAUAGAAAUAAAAAGAACAUUGACUGAGAUCUGCUUUACCGA